CUCACUUUCAUCUCACUCUCCUAGCCAGACGCCACCACUACCUCUUUCAUAAUCUGAUACAGCUGAAGUCAACCCAUUCGCCAGCUCUGGUAAUUGGGAUUCGACCUCCAGAAUCUCCGCUCUGCUCACUGAACUCUGAACGUCUCUUACUCCCUUAUCCUUGGACAAACGAGUUCCUAUACGAUCUUCAGGGCCAACAUCCUUAGAAACGAGUCGGGAUGUAUAUGGACACGAGGCACGCGCUUCGACAGCUACAGUUCGUCAUCCCCGGCGGCGCAAUCACUUUCUACCUCGAGACUUUGGCAGUACUUCAGCGAGUUUGGGACGGAGCCAGUGGGUCUUGGGCGCGACCGCUUGUCCUGACAUCACUACUGUCGGGGCUGCUCACCAUAUCGUUGUUUCUGUACAUCCUGCUGAUACCUGUAUUGAAAGGUAUACCACCAAAUUACCGGUCGUGGCGAGAAUCUGGAGAACUCUCGUCCGUCAUUCCCAUCCUCACUGCCUCAAUGAUCAUCGGCUGGUCUUUCCUCUCAUACACACUCGGGAGGUAUUCGCCACUGGGCUACAUUGAGGGUAUUAUCGGCUCUUCGGGACUAUACGCGCUUGCCGUCGGUCUCAUGGGACUGCUUCCAGCACCACGCAUCAAGCGAUCAUGACCCGGGAGCACAGUUCAAUCUUCAUACCACACCUUCGAUACCUUCGUCUCCUCUUCCCGUCCCUCUCUCUCUGUGCUUGUCUUGCACUACUUUGGUGCCGCCAAAUAGCAAUACAUACUACUGCUCAUGCCGCCGCUAUCCAGCCUCUAUCACCCACUCGCUGACAUCUUUCUCUUCAAAACUUCAAACCUGAUAUAUCUUCUUCCCUCCUCGCUUAUAUCCUUGGGCCCAUUCUUCCUUCUUCCUUCUUCCUUGUCAUUCGAGUCAGGGCGCUUAUACUCAGUUGUCCCGAAUAUCAGGAUUCGAAAUAGACUUGUCCACCUCGUCUUUCCUCUUCGAUACGUUCGAUGAUCAUGGACCCCGCCUCCCAUACUUAAUCCGUCUUUCGCAUAUCUCAUCCUUUAUUUCUUUUUCUUUCUCGUCUUGAUUGCUCAUAGAGUCUCGAUUUUUUGUCGCAUGAUCGUGACGUACGACCAGAUAUGCAUGUGUUCUGUGUCUGACUCCCUGUAUCUAGCCCAGUGUACAUUUG